CCAUCUCCAUAUUUCGUUUCAUUAAAAUUCAUCCUAAUACAAUGAGUUGCUUAAGUUUUCUCACCGUUGUGACUGUAUUCUGCUCCCUUAACAAUGGCGUUGAAGCUUUUCACAGCAUCCACCCUGAUCUUCAAUCCAUUUCAGCUCGUUCCGUCAGUAACCUUCACAGAACUAGAUACCAUUUUCAACCCCAUAGGAACUGGAUUAACGAUCCAAAUGGUCCAAUGUUCUACAAUGGAGUCUACCAUCUAUUUUACCAGUAUAACCCAAAGGGUUCAGUUUGGGGCAACAUUGUAUGGGGCCACUCAGUAUCAAAAGAUCUCAUCAACUGGAAAGAAUUAGAACCAGCCCUUUACCCAUCCAAGCCCUUUGACAAAUACGGGUGCUGGUCCGGGUCGGUCACCAUCCUCCCGGGCCAAGGACCCGUGAUGCUUUACACCGGGGUUGUUGACAAGCAAAGCAAUGAGGUCCAAUGCUAUGCUAUACCCGAGAACCUAUCCGACCCGUAUCUCACAAAAUGGGUAAAGCCCGACGCCUUCAACCCGAUUGCGGUGGCUGAAAAUGGCAUAAAUGCGUCAGUGUUCCGGGACCCAACCACCGCGUGGCGGGGCAAGGAUGGGCAUUGGAGGAUUUUGAUUGGUGGGAAAAUGAAGACUAGAGGGAUGGCUUUUUUAUAUAGGAGCAAGGAUUUUGUGAAAUGGACCCGAACCAAACAUCCAAUCCAUUCAGCUAAAUCCACGGGUAUGUGGGAGUGUCCGGAUUUCUACCCAGUUUCUUUGAAAGGGGGAAAAGGGUUGGACACGUCAACGGUUGGGAAUAGUGUUAAGCAUGUUCUGAAAAAUAGUCUUGACAUAACUAGGUAUGAAUACUAUACAAUUGGGACGUAUUUUUGGAAAAAGGAUAAGUAUAUCCCGGAUAACACUUCAGAGGAUGGUUGGGGUGGGCUUAGAUAUGAUUAUGGCAACUUUUAUGCUUCUAAGUCAUUCUUUGACCCAAGCAAAAAUAGAAGGAUAUUGUGGGGCUGGGCAAAUGAAUCAGAUUCUAAAGAGGAUGAUGUUAAGAAAGGUUGGGCAGGAAUUCAGGCAAUUCCAAGAACUGUGUGGCUUGAUUCUCAAGGGAGACAGUUAGUACAAUGGCCUGUUGAAGAAUUAAAUGGUCUUAGACAGAAACAAGUUAUGAUUAGUAGCCAAAAGCUUAAGAAGGGAGAUUAUGUUGAAGUAAAGGGGAUUACAGCAGCUCAGGCUGAUGUAGAAGUUAGCUUCUCAUUCUCAAGUUUGGACAAGGCUGAAGCAUUUGAUCCCAAGUGGGUGAAUGCACAAGAACUUUGUGCACAAAAGGGUUCAAAGGUUCAAGGUGGGAUUGGACCAUUUGGGCUUCUGACAUUGGCUUCAAAAAAGCUGGAGGAGUUUACUCCUGUGUUCUUCAGAGUUUUCAAAGCUCCAAAGAACCAUGUGAUUCUCAUGUGCUCUGAUGCAACAAGAUCCUCUUUGAAGAGUGAAUUGUACAAGCCAUCAUUUGGAGGCUUCCUAGAUGUGGAUUUGGCCCAUAAGAAACUUUCACUUAGGAGUUUGGUUGAUCACUCCGUAGUGGAGAGUUUUGGAGCAGGAGGGAGAACUAACAUCUUGUCUAGGGUAUAUCCAACGCUAGCAGUGAAGGAAAAUGCUCAUUUGUUUGUUUUCAACAACGGUACUGAGAAGGUCACAAUUGAGAAGCUCAAAGCUUGGAGCAUGAAAUCUGCACUCCGAAACUAACCAGCAAGAUAUAAAUGUGUGAUAGAGAGAGAGAGCAUAAAGUAGAAAAAGCAUUUCUCCUUUAAAAAUGUGUUCUAUUUAGCCGAAGAACAUACCCAUGGUGUUGUCAAGUACACUUAAGCUUCAAUACUAUAUUAUGUUUUAAUGUAGAAAUAAUUUUAAUAUCUUCUAUAUUCGC